AUGGGAUUUUUGAGUGGUGUUCUCAGUAACAUCUACAACCAUUUAGGGCAGCAUAAAGGAGAAAUUACAGAAGCAAUUGACACUCUUAAGCAAAAUAAACACGCCGGUAAAAAAGGUUUUAAUGUUGCGAUUGUGAAGGUGGUCGAAGGGGUGCGGGGGUAUAAUGAGAGUGUUAGGAAGUCUAAUAAGAAAGUCUCUGAUCCUAUAAAUACACUCAAAGAACAGAUGGAAGAACUCAAAAAAUCGGUAAGUGAAAUUAAUACAAAUAAUUCUGUGCAGGGCCAUGACUUCACUACGAAGAAGGAGCGAGUGGACAAGGAGCUGAAGAAGUGUACUGACAACGCUAGGGGAUUCUACUUCGGUAUUCAUAAUGCCGAUGCAGACAUUUUAGACUUGAAUAAUAAUUGUAAAACUAAAGUAGAUUAUGCCGUGAUAGCCGUAGAACAUGAGACUAAGCGUCUCGAUGAGUUGCAUAAACAGGCGGAAUAUGAUUUUGGAGAUGUGGAAAGUGCAAUUUACCAACGACUAGCGAACCUCAAAAAUAAGGUGAAUGAUCAAAUAUGUAGAGAAGUGAACUCUCUCAUAAAUGAUUUGAAAUCACUGGUCCGGAAUAUCUUGGAGAAACUUAACCAAAUUAAACAGACAUUGGAAACGUGCGUCAACAAUUUGGAUGAGUGGAUUGAGGCUGCGAAGCAAGUUGUAGCAGCGGCGGAAACAAGGAUAGAUAAAGAUAUAUUGCCAAAGAUAGGUAAACAAGAAAAGAAACCUGAAGAAACAAAUAUUGGUAAAGCAGCCGUUGGACUGAAAACGAAAGGGGAUAACUUGUUGGAGUCAUACAAGCAGUCGUAUGAUGGGUUGAAUAAUCUAAAGCGGCAAAUAGAGGAGGCGGUAAUCGCAUUAGAAGGAAUUUAUCAGACGAAGUUGUUAACAUUGAAGAAAGAUUUGAUUAGUGAUGUUACAGAUGCUUUGGAGAAGGAAGACCACGGUCUAAAUGCUUUGGACGGUCAUGUGAAGAGUGAUUUGGUUGCUUUGAGGGGUAAAAUAAAAGCUGCGAUCGAUACUUACAUUGAUACCCAGGUUAAGGCCAUCUUGGAUGCAGCCAAGAAGUCUGAUAGUCUCGGCAGUAGCGGUGUGAUAAGUGCGCUGCAGAGUGGCUUGACCGGUGAUCUCGGAAAGAAUUUUACAGCCGAAGGUUUUUCCGCUAAAUCAUCUAUAACAUCCGCACUUAGAGCGAUCAACACAGAACUAAACCUGAGAGAUUCAGCUGUACCUGAGACGAGCAGUCUCAAAUGUGUCAUUGAUCUUAAGAACGACAUGAAUGCGAAACUGACGGGAAUAAUAAAAAAUCCAAGAGACGUCAUAGAUUUCAAGAAUGAUGGCAUCAUGACGAAUUACUAUGCUAAGACAAAGGCAGAAAGCGGUACCUUUAGAGGCUUGAUUAUGACUAUUAAAGCGCCUUUUAAAAAGGGAGGCUUCACAGCUGAUGAAGACGCGACAACAUUCAAGCCCGAUGACAUGGACAAUUAUAAGUACGUAACAGCUGGACAAGCAACAACCGGUCCGGGAAAGCGGGAUUUGCUUACAAUUCAGAUAAAUGCAUUGGAUAAGGCUCUGCAAUACUUUGUAGAAAAAGAUUGCGUCGUACAGCCCUCGGGUGGAAUAGCCGACGUCUCCGGCAAGAAAGGCGAUCUCACCGCCUUAGUUACCACCAUCACCAACGAACUCAAAGACAUCGCCUGGCUCAUUGACAAUAAAGCGGGAGAGGCGGCGACACGUAGUUUAGAAGGAGAGGGUAUAAAGCAAAAGUUGACUAAACUUAGAAGUGAUAUUGACGGUACGGAUGAAAAAACUAAACUAAAAAAGAUCAGAAACGAUAUUGACGAACUGACUAAACGAGAGUUGUCGAUCGUCAUUAAAAUGACCGAGGCGUUCGAAGAGCAAACCAACGCAUUGUCGCAAAAUACUAUUCGAAAUCUACAAUCAUUUGUGUCUACGAAAAUCGAAAAAGCACGUAAGUCAUUACUCAAAUCCGCCCGCCGCAACUACGUCUCCUCCGUCAAGCAGCUCCUCACCGCGUUCGCGGACAAGGUCGAAAAGGAGUUGAAGGAGUUGCCGGAGGAGAUUGAGAGGGAUCUGACUAUCGGGUUCAAGGGGUUGAUGAGGGUUAUGGGAGGGGUAAAAAGCACCGAUGGACUACCGGCAAACAAUGGAAAAAGUUUGCUUGAUGCUAUUAAGGAACUUGCUCAAUCCCCUGUUUCAGGUGCGUCCAUGAAGGACACCUUCACAAAAUUAUCUACCGAAUUCAACGCUUAUUUUACUCCAAUUUACACGUACGUUAAAGAGCAAAUCAAUAAUGAUACGUCGUCUGAACCACAGGCCCUUCGAGACAUUACUGCCGCCAACGUCCAACUGCUUGGCACCGUCAACACUAAUUUCGGCGAAUUACUCACCCACCUUAAAAAUGGUAUUUCACAACCUAGAACUUACAUAUUUGAUUAUACCUACACCAAAAAGCAUGAUCUACUCUCCUCCUCCCUCCACCUUCUCCACCCCUCCGCCUUCGCCAACCCCCGGCACCCGGAGCUGCUCGAUGCGGUCAGAGCGGGGCUGCAGGGGUUUGUCGAGGAGAUGGGGAAGGUGUAUGUGAAUGGGUAUGAUGAUGGAAAACCUAUUAAUUGGGAUACAUUUAAGCUUGUUAGACCAAAAAUUGACGCCAAAAAAUCUGAUGGAGAUUCUGGCUCAAACGAGGAGUUGACGGAUGACGGUAGGAGGUUGUCCAAGAUCUUCCUCACGCUUUUUAAUAUCAUUCACGAAGACAUUUCGAUGUUAAAAUAUGAAUGUGAAGAUGAGUGGAGCAACAAAAAACUUUGUGAAACUGAGGGAGGCGAGGAUAACCCGCUUGGUUCAUACCUUCGGCGUUGCGGUUAUGCAGUAGCGAAAACGGAGAACUCUAAGGACGGUGAAUCGCAAUGUAUAACUAGCAUGACCGGCAAAAAGGUUCUUGGCAAGCUCAACGAAGAAAUAAAGACUCUCAACGUUGUUGAUCAUUUUAAGACGUGCGAGUCGAAUGAAGCAGAUAAGACAACGAAGCAGAAAAAAGCUGAUAAAUUUGACAUUUUCGAUAUGCUUAAAUGCUUCCUCAAUCACAUUGACAAGUACUAUGACGUCUGUCAUAUGGCCACAUUAAAUUCAACCAGAAAGCCGUGUAGCGUGUUCGAAAUGUUAGUUUGGCUUUCGGGUCUAACACACAAUCCAGCUAAACAAGACUUGUUUAUCAACGGACUUCGUCCGCCAUUCGAAAAUGAAGACGAAUCUCUGAUCGUAUGGG